AUGGGGGAGGGAGCAAGAAGGGGGGAGGGAGGGGAGAAGACCGAGGUUCAGAGCAAGGGCGCCAAUUUCUCCGUCGGCCAGCGGCAACUGCUGUGUGUUGCCAGGGCGCUGCUGCGGAGGUCGCGGGUGGUGCUGCUCGACGAGGCCACGGCCAACAUUGACGCGGCCACGGACCUGCUGAUCCAGAGGACCAUCCGAGCCGGCUUCUGCGGCUCGACGGCCUUGAUCAUCGCCCACCGCCUCUCCACGAUCUCCGACGUGGACGUCGUGGUCUGCCUGGAGGGCGGCAGGCUUGCGGAGGCGGGGCCUCUUGGGGAGCUCCGUCGCGCGGGCGGCCACGUGGCGAGGAUGUUCGACGACGCCGGGGACAUCGCCCUGGAGUCGGCCGAGCGGACGCCCGGGCCGGCGGCACCAGGCUCGCCAGCCAGCCCUGGCAGUGUUCCUAUCGUCGGAGGAGGGCCAGUUGACACAACGACUGCGCUCCCGCCUGGCCUCUGUGUGGGCGCCUCUGUUCUGCGUAGGUCCUGUGCAGGCGCCCUCGUUCUGUGUGGGUUCUGGGCAGGUUUUGCGUGGGCGCCCUUGUGCUGUGCAGGUUCUGUGUGGGCGCCACCACUUUGCGUAUGGUCGGGAACUUUUGGACACUUGACGUGUCGCGCCACCAGUUCUGGCCCACCGCGCUUCGGCGCGACAUGCCAUCCACGUCCCCGUCCCCAAGCGCCGACGCCUCUGACUUGCCGAGCCUCCCGCGGAGCGGAGCGGAGCGACACGCUAUCCGCUCGCAAGGCAUAG